GCUCGGAGGCGAGUUACUUGUGCUUUCUUUAGACGGCGAGCGCAUUCCUCUACGUGGGGACACAAGUUCCGCUCCGCACAGUCAGAGACCAGGUGCUGAUGUGUGACAAGCAGACGUAUGGUUCUACGAGAUCGCAUUCCUCAGUUAAUCACGGAAAGUUUUAUGAAAAAGAGUGCACUAUGAGCGUAGGAGGAUUCUGAGCAGUCUUCCUCGCUUCUGUCUUUCGCCGUGGAUAAGAGACCAAAACUACUGAGCGCUCUUUCGUCAACACAGUAUCACUCGCGUUCACCCACACUGACCGGUUCCAUCGGCCGAUGACGGCGACGGCAGCGCCAUGAAGCCCCACCGCCCUCCGCUGCCGCCUUUUCACCCCCCCUUCCUCCUCCUCGUCCUCCUCUUCCUCCUCCCCCCCGCCCGGGCGGCGAGCGGCGACUGCCCGAAGCACUGCAGCUGCUCCAGCCCGGAGUCCAUCUUCUGCUUCACGCGCCGCGACGCGUCCGUCCCGCUCGGGUUGCCCCCCUCCACCAAGCAGCUCUACCUCUUCCAGAACGGCAUCGAGGUCCUGGGCCCGGAGGACUUCGCCGGCCUGGGCGGCCUGCAGAUGCUGGACCUGAGCCAGAACAAGCUGUCCCAGCUGCCGGACGGCGCCUUCCGGCCGCUCGCCGACCUGCGCAACCUGGACCUGUCCAACAACCAGCUGGAGCGCGUGUCCCAGGACAGCUUCGCCGGGCUGGGCCUCCUGGAGAGGCUCUACCUCUACAACAACCGCAUCCAGAGCAUCCACCCGGCCGCCUUCCAGGGGCUGGGCCAGCUGCUGGAGCUCAAGCUCCAGGGGAACCGGCUGACCUCGCUGCCCGCCCUCCGCAUGCCCAAGCUGCUGCUGCUGGACCUCAGCUACAACCAGGUCCCGCCGCCGGGCCCCGACGACUUCCAGACGCCCAACCUGGAGUCCCUCAAGAUGGCCGGCCUGGGGCUGAGGGAGCUGGACCCGGAACUGCUGGCCGGUCUGGGUAACCUCCACGACCUGGACGUCUCGCAGAACCAGCUGCAGGCCGUGCCGCCGGCGCUGGGGGAGGUGCGGGGGCUGAUCCGGCUGGGCCUGGCCGGCAACCCCGUGGGCCAGCUGAGGCCCGAGGACUUCCAGAACCUGGAGGAGCUGCAGGAGCUGGACGUCAGCAACAUGAACCUGCAGGGCUUCCCCGCGGGCCUGGGCCGGCUCCUGCCCCGGCUGCAGCAGCUGACGGCGGCCGAGAACCCCUUCAACUGCCUGUGCCCGCUGGCCUGGUUCCCCGGCUGGCUGCGGGAGGGCGGGCUCCGGCUGGGCCGGACCGAGGAGACCCGCUGCCACUUCCCGCCCCUCAACGCCGGCAAGGUCCUGGAGAGGCUGGAGCACAGGGACUUCGGGUGUCCCACCACGACCACGGUCACCACGACCACGGUGACCACCAGCACCACGAAAGCCCCGCGGGUCACCACGGCACCCAGGCGCCUCACCCCGGCCGUGGCGCCGCCCCCUCCCAGCGAGAGCCCCUUCUCCGCAGAGACAGACAGCGACCCGCCCCCCGUGGCCCCUCCCGUCCCCACCGGCGGCGACGGCGACUCCGAGCCCCAUUUGAAGGAGCCCCCGUGCCCCCCCAACAUCUGCCUGAACGGCGGGACCUGCCUGCGGGACCGGCACGGGCACCUGGGGUGCAUCUGCCCGCGCGGCGCCUGGGGCACCUACUGCGAGAACGAGGAGGAGCCGCCGCCCCCGCCGCCGGCGCCGCCCCAGGAGACCCACACGGUGGCGGUCGCCAUGACGCCCGACAUCAGCUCCGGCCAGGUGACCAGCACCACCAUCCUGCUGGACCUCCACCGCUACAUCCGGACGCGGCCCUACCUGCGGGGCAUCCGGCUGACCUACAGGAACCUGUCGGGGCCCGACCGGCGGCCCAUGCAGCUGAGCGUGCCGGCCUCGUACCCGGAGUACACCCUGCGCGGCCUGCGGCCCAACUCCACCUACUCCAUCUGCGCGGGCCCGCUGGGGGAGCUGGGCCAGGCGGACACGUCCUGCACGGAGGCGCGCACGGCCGGCCAGCAGCUGCCCGUGGCGCGCGUGAUGGACGGCCAGCUCACCAGCAAGCUGGUGCCGGCGCUGGCCGUGCUGCUCCUGCUGGUGCUGGUGGCGGCCGCCGUGGGCGUGGUGUGCUACCUGCGCAGGCGGCGGGCCAAGGCGCACUCGGACGACGCGGGCGGCGACGAGCCCUCCACGCUCGAGCUGGAGGGCGUCAAGGCCUGCCUGGACAACGGGACGCUGCCCCAGAAGCAGCCCGUCGAGCUGCAGCCGCCGCCCCCGACAGCCCUCCACGCCGGGGUGGAGUACGAGGUCCCGCUCAUGCAGGCCCACUGCACCUCCAAUAACAACAUGGCCUCACUGAAGCCCUCCUAUUUCUGACCCCUCCCCCUUGUCAUUCAGACCUCCGGCCACUAGGUGGAGCUCUUAAAAAAAAACAUGUAGCAGCCUCCUACCCUGCAGGUAGAUCAGAGAGGCAAAACAGCUGGCUGAGUUAACAGCAACAAACAAACAAACAAAAAAAACUGAACAAAUACGUAACGUUCAUGUGCAAUCAAAAUUGCCCGAUGGGAGAUUUGUUCUAAAGGAUUUGUUCUUUUUCUUCAGGGCAAAAGCCAAAGUGCCUUUGUUCACACGUACACAAGUUGUGCUAGACUGACAAUGAUGUGUGUUGUGUUUGUUUCUGUAAUCGUAUUGCUGGACAAACAUGUCUGCAGCGACAUGUCUGUGGCGUGUCUCCCCGCCCAUGGCCUCUCCGACGUGAGGGUGCACCGAAACAGCACUCCGCACACACCCCGUUUGGGAGGAAACUUGCACUGAAGGCAGGGGGCCUCUGGGGAUUGAACCCCCCCCUUGAUGGCUGAAAUGUUAGCUGCCCCAGAGGAGCAUCGUUUGUUGUGGACAACGUCACCGUACAGUAACUGAGAGAAGCUGCAGGCUCCAAGAAAGGAGUGGUCCUGCAAGGCUUUGUUUGACUCUUGUGCUAUGUGAAGGCUACAUUUUCUAUGUAUAUAUGUAUACUUUUUUCUGCUGCAUUUUUUUUUUUUUUAAACGACAAUUACCAGUUACUCUCAGUCCCCCUCCCCCUCCCCCUCCCCCUCCCCUUCACCGAACGACUUCUUCGAAUUGCAGACAAAACACAAAGAUUUAAAUCUUUGAAGAUUAAAAACUGUAUUGAGUCACCGGGUCAAUCAAAGGCUUUACUUGUGCAAAGUGUCAGACUGUCUAAGUAGCAGCAGGACUACCCUGCCUCCAUGUGUGUCACAUGCACACACAUUCUCAAAUGUGCCCCCCCCCCCCACCUCCUUAAAAAAAGCCAGAUAACCCGGAUCGCCAAAGUUACAACAGGAGGUGGCCAGCUUAAACCCCAGCCUUUUUAAGCUCCUCCCUUAAGCCUGUGACUGAACCCCUGAGCCCAGCACACACCAGCCGGGCUGCACAGGGGAAAAAGAGAGAGAGAGAGAGAGAGAGAGAGAGAGAGAGAGAGAGAGGGAGAGCCUCUUCAAAGACUUUAUUUAUUAUUUCUGCCACUGAGUGGAGCGUAGCUAUUUUCCCCCCUGAAAAAAGAGCAAUUUACAGGCAAAGAGAAAGAGAGAUGUAGGCCCAGCCGAGCGAGAGAGAGAGAGAGAGAGAGAGGGCUGCAGGGUGUCCCCUCAGCAGAACUGAACUCUGCUACGUGUGUUGCUGUGUGCGUUUAACUUCACUGCUCAGCAAGGCAGAGAAACUGCACUGCUGGUGUGCAGCCAGACGGGCCCUUAAAAAAGUCCCGACGCAGCACACGGUCUGGACGGCUUUGUGCUACUUUCUGCAGUCUGAAGAAAUAGAAAAUAGCAUAAAAAAAUACGACACAAAUUUAAGACGGUAUUAAAAGGCUCUGGCAGGGAGAGAAAACUUAUGUCCUAAAAGGUGAAUAAAAUCUUUUUUUUUUUUAAAUGUAUUGUUCAAUGGACUGAAAGACCUUGUCCGGUAUGUUCCGAUGAAACAGCUUUAGAGAUGCAGCGUACCUCCCCCCCCGCACCCCACCCCCGACCCCACAGCAGCACUCUACGCACACUCAGGCGACCCUUUGAACAAGAACUACAAACGGAACGCGCUGAAGGGAGGGGGGUGGGGGUGGCGGAGGGCAGAGGGGGUCACAGAGCGUGGAGGCCGUUUCGGGUCCUGCGGGAGGGAGACUGACUGGAUUGGGGGGGGCUCUGUCGGCGGCGUAACGUAGCGUAGCGGCGGUCUCGUACGCACGGCUGUUAAAUUAGGAAGUGGGGUCCGGGGAAACGGCCGACCCCCUGUAGAGAACGGGGCAGACGGGGGCGAGAGAGGUGAGAGAGGUGGGGGGGGGGGGGCGAGCUAACCAGUGCUAACGACCCCUGUGAGAGGACCGCUGUUACUCUUCCCACACUCGUUCCUGAGAUCUGUCUCUCCGUCCGCACCCCCCUCUCCCCCACACCGCUUCCUCUCGCUCUCGGCCGUCCCGCCUCCUCCAUUCCUCAGGUUCGAAUUUGGAAACUGGCGAUGAGGUAAAGGGAAGAAUCAGACCGUCGAUGAAGUACACCGAACAAAACAAAAUUUU